AAACAAAACCCAGUUCAUGUACACAAUAGACUUAAAGAUGAUCUAAUCCAGAAAAUAACCGACCCGAUUUUAAUUUGGUUCGAAUGACCCAAUUGUUCAUGAUUAGCACUUUAUGGACCUUGGUAAUGUAAUAUGAGAGCGGUACUGCGGUGGGUGGAUUGAAAUGAAGAGUGGGGCCGCCCUCGGUUGCCUGUAAUGAAAAAAAAGCUACGAUCUUUGCCCUCGGUUCAGAGAAAUCUUUCAGCCUGUAAUUAUUAAUGGUGUUCUGAAGUUGAUUGGUUGGUUGAUUACUUGUCUGCACUUAGGGUUUAUUUCAUAUUCAGGAUCUUGUUGCUGCUGUUUAUGGAAACAAAUUGGUAGUUCGACGAUUUGAGGAAGCGAUUUCCACCAAAAGUCAGAUGGAAUUGGACAUGCAAACUAUUAGACACGAGUUACCUCAUUAUAAUUUGCCUGAUCACACUAAUAAUGGCUUGUCAAAUGAUCGUGUGGACAUCCCUGUGGCAUGUGGUCUUUGCGGGAGAACUCUUUCGUUGGAGCGUGAGGUUAACGCCAGUCUCCAAAGUGUCAGCAUAUGUGAUGACUGUAAAUUUCUGCUGCUUGAAGAUUUUGGUACCCCAGCACACAACUCUUUUCGUAGAAGGCUUCCUGGAGGAAGAAGAUCAAUUAACGAAAGUUCUGACUCGAUAGGAAAUUUUUCACAACAGUUCUCACAAAUAAUUAACCUAGCAAGGCAUAUUGAGCCUGAGCAUGAAGAUGUUGAUGGAGAUACUGAUCCUAAUUUGAUGGUAUUGCAGCCAACAAGUUCUCAUACUACACCUAAUGGUUCUAGUAGGUGGCGGAGACCAUUUUCUGAUACGGAAAGUGAUGGGUUCAACUCUGAUUCGUUUUAUGGCGAGAAUGAAUCAAAUGUCAGCUUCAGUGGAUAUAGGGUUUACCAUGGUGAUAGUGAUGCUAUAUCUUUUAGUACUUAUGAAGGUGACUCAGGUGCUUCAAUUGAUGGCCAUACAUACUUGGACACAGACGUAUAUGUCCAAUCUAUGGAGAGAAGUGACGUUGACAGUGAUACUGAUAUUGAUCCAAUGAAUGCUGGUAUUGUACACUGGAAUUCUGAUGAAGAUGAAGUAGAAGAUGGUGAGUGGGGAGAAGUUUAUACUGAUGAGGGGAAUACAGUUAGGCCUCAGGAAACGGGCGCUCAUAUUGACUCAAGUGCCGGCAGUGAUUAUUUUGUUGAACAUGGUAGAACAGAUUCGUCUGAGUUUGAGGAAAUGAUUCACCGAAGAAUCAGGGAAGUGAGGGACGUCCAGAUUCCCAGUAUCCCUGUAAGCAUGGAAGUAUUUGGUGAAGCACCAUACAUUGGUAAUCCCGGGGAUUAUCUUGAUUCUCUAGUAUUUGAAGAAUUUUUGGAGCAUCUUGCCGAGACUGAUAAUUCAAGACGAGGAGCACCUCCGGCUGCUGCAUCUUUCAUUGAUACACUACCUGUUGUAGCUAUUACUGAUGAGCAUCUGAAAGCUGAUGGGUUGGCUUGUGCAAUCUGUAAAGAUUUGCUGAUGAUUGGCACUGAAGUGAAUCAACUGCCAUGCUUUCACCUAUAUCAUCCAUCCUGCAUAUUGCCGUGGUUGAGUGCAAGGAAUUCUUGCCCCCUUUGUCGAUAUGAACUCCCAACUGAUGACGGAGAUUAUGAGCGUGGUAAGCGCCGCACUAGCAAUAGAAUGGUUAUUUCUGAAAUUCAUCAGCAGGAGGAUAGGGAUGAUACGAGUGAAAUGGGUGAAUCUCAAGAUUUUGUUGCCGCGUUGGGUGAUGUCGGCCCUGAUGUAGUAGUUUCACGUCCUAAUGAUAGGAGGGCAGGAUGGUUUUUCCCUAUAAUUAGUGUUGCAGGAAUUGUGUUUGUGCUUUGGUUGGGCAAUUCUCUUGCAGGUAGAAGAGGGUCAAAUGGACAACCUAAUUUACAUAGUUGUUCUCCACAAUCCAUCCAUCCUUCUGGUUCAUGCCCCCGCAAUGAGCAGGAAAAGAGGUGGUGGUGGUGGUUUUAGCCAUUCGGAGUGUAAAUGAUGCUAAAAGCAACUGCUCUUGCUCUUGCCCUUGCUUCAAGAAAGCAUGGGGUAAUUUUUAUUAAUUUGGGAUUUUACUGCAAUGAUUGUCUUUGUGGCAUUCAUAUCUCCUGAGCUCACCAGGUUUUGAAUCAAUGAAUGCUAGUGCAAUCUGUAGUUUGUCUGUCUGCGCUUCAAAACCAGAGAAGGAGAUGCUGUAAAAUAAAGAUUUUGCUGAUUGUAAAUGGUGUUUGUACAGAAGAUAGAUUUGCUCAAGAGUUUUAUUGACUUGAUUGUGUGGUGAUAUUCGUUAGAGUUGUAUUGACUGAUUCUGCGUUGUAUUUGGGAAUCCUUAUAUUUAAUAAUAUAAUUCAAUGUUUUCAUUUUUAGCUUCUUA